AUGUCCGACAAAGAGGAGAUGUCUUCAGACGCGCUAAACGUUAUGCUAACACUGAGACUGCUCAUGCACGGAAAGGAAGUAGGCAGCAUCAUCGGAAAGAAAGGAGAAACGGUAAAGAAGAUGAGAGAAGAGAGUGGGGCCCGUAUCAACAUUUCUGAAGGCUCUUCCCCAGAGAGAAUCGUCACCAUCACCGGCCCCACAGAGGGAAUCUUCAGGGCCUUCUCUAUGAUCGCACUCAAGUUUGAAGAGGACAUAACGUCGGCCAUGUUGAACAGUAGCGUCACAAGUAAACCUCCGGUGACCCUGCGUCUGGUGUUUCCUGGGAGUCAGUGCGGGUCUCUCAUCGGGAAAGGAGGCUCCAAAAUCAAAGAGAUCAGAGAGAGCACAGGAGCCCAGGUGCAGGUAGCCGGAGACAUGCUUCCUGAGUCUACAGAGCGAGCGGUCACCAUCUCAGGGACCCCACAGGCCAUAACCCAGUGUGUGCGCCACAUCUGCUCCGUCAUGCUUGAGUCUCCUCCAAAGGGAGCCACCAUCCCGUACAGGCCCAAAGCGAUGGUAGCCGGAGCCCAUGCAGUCCUCGGCCCACAGCAUGCCGCACAAGCCUUUGCCAUCCCUGGACAGUACGCGUUUGCUCACCAAGAUUUCACCAAGCUUCAGCAGUUGGCCUUGCAGCACCUCCCCCUCCCCCCCCUUGGGCAGAGUCACCCCACCUUCCCUGGAUUGGACGCCUCCGCCUCUACGAGUUCACAGGAGCUGUCGAUCCCCAAUGAUUUCAUCGGCUGCAUAAUCGGACGCCAGGGCAGUAAAAUAAAUGAGAUCCGGCAGGCCUCUGGAGCUCACAUCAAAAUCGCCAGUGCAGCGGACGGUUCGAGUACACGCCAAGUCACCAUCACAGGGACUCCGGGUAGCAUCAGCAUCGCACAGUACCUCAUCUCUGCCAGUUUGGAGAUGGCCAAGUACACCAUGGCGGCUGCUUCCUCCACGACCCCGGUUGACAUGAACAUGACCUUCGCUCCCUCCUCCUCUUCUCCGGGCUCCUCUUCCUCCUCUGCUGCUGCCAUUUUCACCUCCGCGCAGCCUGGUUCUACACUUCCAGGGACCCUCACGAGCCCCCACUACGGGGCCCUGCCCAUGUCCUCUCUUCUGGGCAUGAAAACUCUCCCUGUCCUGACAGUCCACCCCUCCGCUGCUAUGGCGCUAACACAGGGGUUAGCUCCGUACACAGCCAAAAUGCCCACCGCUGGGGUCAAGAAGUCAGACCGACAGAAGUUUGCUCCUUAUUGAUGCAGAUAAAUUGUAAAAAUAAAUAGUUUGUCCAGA